AUGAGCAUUUUGGAAAUAAACUCGAUCACCAAGAAUGCCGAAACAAUGCUCGAUUAUUUCAAAAAAGGUUAAUUUUUUUCUUACUUUCUUAUUAAAUCUUUUAAUUCAGGAGAAGAAAGUGUUGAUCAAAUCUUGAAGAGAUCUAACAAAGUUUCCGAGAAAGUUUUGUGCAUGUGGGAGUACGAAAAGGCCUUGAAAGCUGUCAAUUCUCUGACCGUCAAUGGAGAACGUCGAAACGUCAUUCUAGACGACCUCCAACGGGAAAACCGACAGAUUAUAGCAUUUCAGGUUUUUUUUUUUUGAAAAUCUUUGCAAACUACUUAUUAUUUGAAGAACGAGAAUCGUUGGCUGAAAGAGGCAGUGGAGCUUUGUAUUUCUACGCUGAACGAUGUGAUGGAAGGGCAUACUUCGAUCCGCGAAGCUAUAAAAAGGUUUUUUGUAUGAUCUUGAUUAUUGUUCUACAUCCUUGAUUUCAGGCAAGAAAGUUUGCCUCAUAUCCAAGAUUUUUCGAAUUUACUUCCUGCUUGCAUGGAGUCUACCCUUCAGGACGAAUUAAGGUGUGUUGCUAAACUUUUUUUUUAAAGAGUGUUAUCCCUGAAGUUGUAUUUUUUUCAGAGAAAAUGUUGAAAAAAUGUGUGAAAUAGUGAGUGCCGCAGAAGAAACCCAAAUCAAAGACAACGCUCUCUACGGACAGCUGGUUACCGAGAACAAAGUUUUGAAGUGAGUCCCUACGGUUUUACGUCUAUUUUUCGUUAAUUGGUAUAUGACAAAACUAAAAAAAAUUAUACUUUAUCAUUCAGGCGAAUCACGUUAUGCAGUCCUUGAAGUUAAUUUUUUUUUAUUAGUGUUUUUGUCGCUGAGCCUCGAGCGUUUUUAAAACUAACAGUCUAUAGGUUGGAGAGAAAAAAGGAGAUCAUUUAGGAGUUUUUUUUGAGAACGGACCUUUUAAGGUCUUUUUGUCGCAUGUCUCUCAGUUCGGCUUUAUUUGAAGUUAUACUGCCCUUUUAUUCAUUUUUUAAUUAAUGUUGUAACUUUUUUAGAGAUAUGAUCGGAUGGGCUUUCCUUUCUUGUCCGACGGCACGAGCCACCAUGCGAGAAGCGCUUCGCCAGAUCGAAGAACUCGAAGAGGAAAACCACCAUUAA